GCAUGCGUGAGGCUUUCCGUCGCCCUCUAAAAACCUAAAACCCUCUGCUGGGGUGUUCCUCUUUGGAUUUAAGGUGGAUCGUUCUGUCGGUACAUUUCCAUCUCCUGCGUCAGCAUGUUUGUCUCAGGAGGAGGAGGAGGGUUGUCCCGUUCACCGAAGAAGCUGUUUGUGUGAAAGACUUCAAUGGAAAACUUCAGAAGAGAAGAAAUUGGUGCCGAUAAAAUCGUCAACAGAAAGCGCUGCGUCAGUAUGAAGUUGGAAAGAAACCCUCCUCCUGACCGGGGCUGCUUGGUGGGAAUCAUCUUCUUCAUUCUGGGAUUGGGAACGCUGUUGCCGUGGAAUUUCUUCAUGACUGCCUCACAGUAUUUCGAGAGGCGGUUGAACGGGACGGAGGUCCACAACGGCACGGGCCGUGUGCAGAAGGAGUACCUCUUCAACAGCUGGAUGACCCUGCUGUCCCAGCUGCCCCUGCUGCUCUUCACCUUACUCAACUCCAUGCUGUACCAGUGGAUAUCGGAGAGGGUGCGGAUCGCAGGCAGCCUGGUUCUGAUUCUGCUGCUCUUCAUCUUCACGGCGGCGCUGGUUAAAGUACAGAUGGGGGAAGACCGCUUCUUCUCGGUCACCAUGGCAACCAUCUGGUUCAUCAACUCGUUCGGCGCCGUGCUGCAGGGCAGCUGCUUCGGCCUGGUGGGUAAGCUGCCUCCCAAGUACAACUCCAUCUUCAUGAGCGGCCAGGGCCUCGCCGGGACCUUCGCUGCCCUCGCCAUGCUGCUCGCCAUUGCCAGUGAAGCAGACUUUGAGUCGGCGGCUUUGGGUUACUUCAUCACUCCGUGUGUGGGAACGCUGGUCACCCUCCUGAGCUACCUGAUGCUGCCACGCCUGGAGUUCGCUCGCUUCUUCCUGAACGGCAUCAGCAGCGAGGAGACGGAGACCAGAGACGAGCUGCUGCAGGACAACAGCAAGAUGAACGGUCACGCCAACGGGUCGCUGACGGCAGCGAGCAAGACCGAAGCAGAGUUGGACUGCAGGUCAGACGCCACCACGCAGGCCGCCCUGCCCCAGCAGGCGGUCCAGGCCAAAGCCUCGGUCCUGGAGGUCUUCAAAAAGAUCUGGGUGAUGGCCUUCUGUGUGACCUUCGUGUUCUCCGUCACUCUGUCCGUGUUCCCGGCCGUCACUGUGGAUGUUCGAACCACAUUUCCUGGAAAAUGGGAGCUCUACUUCGCCUCCGUCUGCUGCUUCCUAACCUUCAACAUCGGCGACUGGCUCGGUCGGACGGCGACCUCCAUGUUUCGCUGGCCCCGUAAAGAGUCCCGCCUCUUCCCGGCGCUGGUCGUCUCCAGGGUGGCGUUCGUCCCGCUGCUGAUGCUGUGCAACGUCCAGCCCCGCCACUACCUUCCUGCCUUCUUCACGCACGACGCCGCCUUCAUCAUCAUCAUGAUUCUCUUCUCCCUGUCCAGCGGCUACCUGGUGUGCCUCUCCAUGUCGUACGGGCCGCAGAUGGUGGAUCCCAAAGACGCAGAGACGGCGGGGGCGCUGAUGACCUUCUUCCUGGCGCUGGGAUUGUCCAUCGGAGCGUCGCUGUCCUUCCUGCUCAGGGCUCUGGUGUAGUGGUGCAUUGUGGGACUUCAUGCUGCGUGGAAGGAAUUCCCUUAUUUAUUAAGAAAAAAAGGGAAUCUUCAAAAGGAAACCCAAAAGUGCUUCAAGUUCUGUUUUAGUUGUAUUUGCUGAAAGCAGUUUAGAUGGUUAAAGGGACGCCACAGAUUUGUGAAAAAGCUUUUUUACUUUGUUUUUGUAUUAGACAGGAAUUCAUUUAAAGUUGUUUAACGUCAGAUUUUUUGCUGAUCCAGAAAUUAAAACCGAUGAGUUCACCUCUGAAAUACAAAUUAAAAUUCCAGCUGAAACAUCUCCUUAA